AAAACAACACUUCUCGACAUGGGUUCCGCAGAACAAGCGUGUGGCUGCAAGGGAGCUCGAUUUUGUGCACUUUGUGAGACAACGGAACGUGUGAAAAAGCUUCGCGUGGUGGAGGAUAAGCAUGUUAACUACAAAGUCUUCAUUUACGAUCACAUUCGUCAAAUCGCAAUUCCAACGACAAAUCUGAACUCUCAGUCUUCAUUGGAGGAUAUCAUUGAUGAAUCCACCUCGUGCCAAUCCGUAUCUACAGACGGCUCCAUCGAAAUUGACGGGCUCACUCUCAUUCACAAUUUUCUGUCAGAAUCUGAAGAAUCUAAAAUUCUCAAUAUGAUAGACACAGUUGAAUGGGCACAGUCACAAAGUGGUCGAAGAAAGCAAGACUACGGACCGAAAGUGAAUUUCAAGCAUAAAAAGGUAAAAACGGACACAUUUGUCGGAAUGCCAGAGUACGCAGACAUGUUGCUCAAUAAGAUGAGUGAAUACGACGUGAAGAAACUCGGAAAUUAUCAGCCAUUCGAAAUGUGCAAUUUGGAGUAUGAGGAAGUGAAGAAAAGUGCCAUUGAGAUGCAUCAGGAUGAUAUGUGGAUUUGGGGAAAUCGAUUGAUAAGCAUCAACCUAAUCAAUGGAUCCGUGAUGACUCUAUCCAACGAUAAUAAAUCGUUCUUAUGCUACGUCCAUAUGCCUCAUCGUUCUCUUCUCUGUAUGGCCGAUGAAUGUAGAUAUGAUUGGAAGCACGGAGUUCUCGCUCACCACAUCCGUGGACGAAGAAUAGCGUUGACGAUGCGAGAGGCGGCCAAAGAUUUCGCUGAGGGAGGGGAAUUGUAUGAGAAAUACGGUGCCGAGCUAAUUCGCCUGGGCAACAUUCGAGUACCACUUUCGAAAACUUCCGUGUGAUGAUAAUUCCUUUUUUCUGUCUGUUUUGUCAUUCUUCUCCUUGUUCAACCAACUUUUUAAUUGAAGAAGUUUUAAUUUUU